UUUUCUGUUCAUCAGAGGGGACAGAGGUUUCUUCUUCUUCGGCUGCGUUGCGGUGGUUACUUACAGCUGAAGCUUCUGUGUAAAUUUCCAUUAAUAAAAAAAUAAGGUAAAUUUAUUGAGGAAGCGAAGAGGAAGAAGACGUAGCAGAUUCGGGUUGCGAAGAAGAUGAGAAUAUUUUAUUUUUUAAGAAAAUAAUUUAGUGGUGAAAAGGAUUACGUGAAGAGAACUUGCCCCCCCUUUUGGUUGUUUCUCUAUGGGAAAAUUCCCAAGUUUGACACUCGUCUCUUCACGCAAUCGCUUUCGCUUGUCGUCUCAUGUCUGUUUUUCCGUCUUCUAGGGUUGGAUUCUUUUUUAUUAUUAUUAUCGAAAAUAACUCUUGGGUCGGAAGGUUGCAGAAGAGGCGGAGAUUGAAGGAUAUCGAUUAGGUCAUAUAAUUUUUUUUUUCCGGGGAAAUCGGUGCUCGAUUCGCCGAAAUUUUGGAGCUUUGGGGAUAAUCCUUGGUGGGUUUUGGGGAAAUUUAUCGAUUUACUGUCCACGGAGUCUGGAUUCGUGGGUCUCCUGGUCAGGUCCUGAUGCUGGGUCUGUCGGCCUAAAUCCUUUUCCAAAAUCAAUCAGGAUUGGGAAAUUCGCUAGGGUUCCGGUUAUUCUGAUAUAUUAGUUUAGGUUUGGAGAUUAAAAAAGCUCCUCUCCUCUACAGAUUAGUCGGCGAAUUUCCAGGUGAAGAUCUUUGAUCUGGCUGUUCUCUUGAUUAGAUUCAGGUGCCUUUCUUGAUUUGACUUGGUUAGGGAUUCUGUGGUGGAGAAUUCUGGGUUUUCGGUGGCUAAGAUGAGUUCAAGCUUGACUGAGAGCUUCGCUAAUGAUGGGAAGCUUCUUCUCUGUGUGGCCGAGAAUGGCCGUUCUUUUGAACUUGAAUGCAGCGAGACUACUCCUGUUGAAGCUGUGAUGCGUUUUGUCGAGUCUGUUUCUGGUAUUAGCUGUCACGAUCAGCUUCUUCUGUCGUUGGAUAUGAAACUCGAGCCACAAAAGCUGCUUUCUGCUUAUAGACUCCCUUCAAGCCAUCGGGAAGUGUUUGUUUUUAACAAGGCUAGGCUACAGAGCAACUCUCCACCACCCCCGGAAGAAGUUGAUAUUCCGGAAGUUGCAGACCCUUUAGCACCGGCCUCAUUACACGAUCGUCACCCUUUGGACGAUGCAUCGGAUCCAGCGCUAAAGGCUUUACCUUCGUACGAAAGGCUAUUUUGGUCUCAUUUCCUCAAAGGCCGUGCCAUUUUCAGUUGUGCUUCUGUGAAGUAUGAGACUUGUGAGAGGUUAAUCGGGGAGCAGAAGGUGCAAGAGCGAGCUGUGGAAGUUGCUACACGAAAUCUGGACCAGUAUUACCGGAUUAUCUAUCAGAACUUUCUUGAAUUUAUGAAGCGAUAUAAGCAUCAACAACGUCUCCAUUCCGAUUUACUGAUGAAUUUUGGAAGGGAUGUCGAGAAAUUGAGGUCAGCUAAGCUUCAUCCAGCUUUGCAGACUGAUUCCAGGAAGUGUUUAUUGGACUUUGUUAAGGAAGAUAGUCUCAAGAAGGCUGCAGAGAAUUGUGCUACCUCACAUCGGCAAUUUGAGAAUAAGAUUGCACAGUUCCAGCAGAUGUUUGUUGAGGUCAAGCGCAAGGUAGAAGAGUUGUUUGCUUGCAGGGCAUCCUUCUCUACUAAGAACUUAGAAUUGGCAUUUAAGGAUCAUGAAAGGUUCAUUAAUGAGCAAAAGAGCAUAAUGCAGUCCCUUAGCAAAGAUGUCAAUACAGUGACGAAACUUGUGAAUGAUUGUCUGUCUUGCCCGAUGUCCUCGUCCAUCCGUCCCCAUGAUGUCGUUUCAGCUCUGGGCCCUAUGUACGAAGUCCAUGACAAGAAUCAUCUUCCCAAAAUGCAGGCUUGUCAUAACUCCAUUUCGGAAUUGCUAGAUUUCUGCAAGGACAAGAAGGAUGAGAUGAACAACUUUCUUCACAGCUAUAUGCAAAAAAUAACAUAUGUCACAUACAUCAUCAAAGAUGCUAAGUUACAGUUUCCUGUCUUUAGAGAGGCAAUGGUGAGACAAGACGACCUGUUUGCGGAUUUGAAGUUAGUUCGUGGAAUUGGCCCUGCUUAUAGGGCUUGCCUUGCAGAAGUGGUGAGAAGAAAAGCAUCUAUGAAACUGUACAUGGGCAUGGCAGGACAGCUGGCUGAGCGGCUCGCAACGAAAAGAGAGACAGAGGUCAGGAGAAGGGAAGAGUUUCUUAAAUCCCACGGUCCAUAUGUACCCCGUGAUGUGCUGGCAUCAAUGGGGUUAUAUGAUACUCCUACACAAUGUGAUGUCAAUAUUGCUCCUUAUGAUACCAGUUUGCUCAACAUUGACAUCACAGAUAUUGAUCGGUAUGCUCCUGAGUGUCUAGCUGGUUUACACUCGAAGCAUUCAUCUUUAAGGAGUUCAGUGGCCAUGUCCAGUGAGAGCUCGCAUUCUGGUGGGCCUGAGGAGAUAGCUAAUGACGUGUUGGACAAAGACAAUUAUGAUGAAAUCUUAGAGGGCUGCGAAUUAGUAGACAUAGCUGGAACCAGCAAGAUGGAGGUUGAGAAUGCGAAACUGAAAGCCGACCUUGCUUCUGCUAUAGCCCGCAUUUGUUCACUAUGCCCGGAAGUGGAAUAUGAGGAGCUUGAUGACAGUAAACUAGAAAGUUUAUUGAAGAGAGCUGCUGAGAAGACUGCAGAAGCAUUGAAGGCCAAAGACGAGUAUGAAAAACAUCUCCUAUCUAUGCUCAAGGAAAAGGAAAUGAAUUGUGCUUCGUAUGAGAAGCGUAUCCGUGAACUGGAAGAACGUCUUUCAGAGGAAUUUUUCCAGGGGCAGAGACAUAUUAACAGUAAGGAUGUGUCUGGUCCAGAUGUUAUGCAUGCACUAGCUAAUGAAUAUAAAGCAGAAACCUCGGUUGAUGCAGAAGCCAACUUAAUUCAAGUAUCUGCCACAGAACCCAUGGAUGAGGUCUCAUGUGUUUCAAAUCUUUCCAACAGACAACCUUGUAAAGCUCGAGAGGGUAUGGAUGAGAAUAUGCUGGAUUCGUCUUCAAUGCUUAAUCAUCAGCUCGACUCAUCAAUGCUGGAGCCUCAGCAAAUCAAUGAGAAAGGUGGAAAGGAUAAUGUGAGUGUGUUCCUAGGUAGCAGCUCCACUGCUGAGAGCUUACCGAGUGGAAAGGAUAAUGUGGGUAUUGUGGCAACCGAGCCAGGUUUGCAUCCCAAAUUUAGCGGUGAUAAUCUGUUAGAACUUAGAAAUGAGAUGAUAGACAUGUCGGAAAAGCUGCGUGAAACGGAAUCCAAGCUUAAUGAUGCUAUGGAAGAGGUUGCCAGACUAAGCAGAGAGUUGGAAAUGAGUCAGAAGCUUCUCGAUGAAUCCCAGAUGAAUUGUGCCCACUUGGAGAAUUGCUUACACGAAGCAAGAGAAGAAGCUCAGACCCAUCUUUCUGCUGCGGACCAGAGAGCUUCAGAGUAUAGUUCCCUCCACACAUCAGCUGUGAAGAUGCAUGGCCUCUUUGAAAGAUUCCGGAACACAGUCUGUGUCGCUGGUGGAGUUGCUGGUUUUGCUGACCCCCUCCGUUCUUUAGCUCAAUCUUUGGCCAAUUCCAUAGACGAAAACGAAGAUGAUGACGGUACUGCUGAGUUCAGAAAGUGCAUCCGGGUUCUUGCAGACAAGGUUAGUUUCCUCUCCAGACACCGUGAAGAAUUACUUGAGAAGGGCAGAAAGCUUGAAGCUGCAAAUGAACAGCUCAGAAAGGACUUGGAAGAAAAGAAAGAGCUGGUAAAGACAUUGUAUACUAAACAUCAAUUUGGGAAGCAGGCAAACAAGGAAAAGAUAUCCUUUGGUCGUCUUGAAGUUCAUGAGAUUGCAGCAUUUGUACAAAACCUUACAACAGGACAUUAUGAAGCCAUCACCAGGAACUGCUCAAACUACUUCUUGUCUUCUGAAUCAGUGGCAUUGUUCACAGAUCAUCUCCCGACCCGACCUGUAUAUAUAGUUGGACAGAUUGUACAUAUCGAGUGCCAAACCGUGAAGAUCCAGCCAUCUUCAGCGGCUGCUUCAACCAAUCCCGGAGUGGAUACGACCGAUCAGACUGACCGGCUCUUAUCUGACAAGGGCUCUGGUAACAUGACAUCAAGCUCUUCAACAUUGGCAUUGUCUUCAUCAUCAACAACCUUAAAUCCUUAUGGUCUCUCUCCAGGAUGUGAAUACUUCAUUGUGACCAUAGCUAUGCUUCCUGACACUGCUAUUCAUCAACAAGCUUCCUGAUCCGUUGCUUUUUCUAGGCACUGAUAGAAAUGAUGGAAGAAACCAAAAAAGAAAACUGUAAAUACUUUAAUUCCAAAAAAAAAAAAGAUUCGUGGGUGUGUCGGGUUUCACUGUCUUUCCUCUUUAUGUUCUUGUACAGCUGAUCACUCUGAUGUACUUUAAUUUUUAUCCUUGUGCAUAGUAAGUUACUGGCUGUCCCC